GAGAGGUUGGGAAGGUGAUGGUUGAUCAUGGGCGAUCUGAUGGGCGGAGAUUCAGGACCGCCGAUCUGACUAAGCAGCGGCCGUUUGAGUCGUGCAGCGUCAUUCGCGCCAACUUUCCUCUACGAGUCGGUUCACGCGACAUCGCGACAUUGCUGCCCUGAUCAAGUGACGCUGCGACCCUGCAGAGUCUCUCUUUCACGUCUUGGGAUCCAUCCACCGAACGCCUCGUGCCUUCCCGCUCGACGUCGCGACAGUCGCAAAACAGCCAACGGUUGCCUCCCUGAUCCUCAUCAUCUCCGUAACGCCGUAUCCGUCCCCGAAGCUCCACCGUCAUCCUUCCAUCAACCACGACCCUCGCAUCACCUACCAGCGCCACCAUGGCACCAUCGCGGUCCCGAGCGCCACUGCUCUCAAUCCUCGCCCUCACAUCCCUUCUCCCCUACACAGCCUAUGCCUUUGACUGUAAAGACAUCCUCGCAGAUGGCCAGCACUUCAACUUCAAAGAGCUUGGCGGCCCGCACGUAGUUCAUUACAAGGAGUCUGAUAUCGCCAAAGAACUUGAGUGGAAGUACAACUUUACCAUCGACAUCUGCAACAAUCUCAAAUGGCACAAAGGCGGCAGUCUGGCGACCGAGUGCCAUCACGGGACAAGGGUGUGUGGAAUCAGAGAGAAUAUCGAUUUGAGCAGUGACGAUAACUCCACCAUCACUCCCAUCGACAUCGCCGGAACAUAUGCGACGCAGAAUGGGAGGAAGAUCGAUGCCAAGUUUGAGAAUCUGGGCCACUCCAAGAGCAACAAUGAUGCAGGACUAGAGGGUGUCAGGGCAACGUUGAACGGGGGCAGAUUCCCCUUCGAUGACCGGAAGGAUGGCAUAAACCAACGUGCGAUCAUCGAAUUUGUCUGCGACAAGGAGAGGACGGGACUGGAAGGUGACGAGAUGGACAAGAGCCCGCACGAGGAUGGCGAUAAAGAAGAUGACGGUGACGACAAGAAGGAUGAUAAGAAGGAGGGUGAUGACAAGAAAGAAGAGAAGCUGAGGAGGAGAGAAGAGAACAGCAAGGGCAAGUGUGAGGACAGCGACAACAGUCUGCGCUUCUGUGGUUACGAGAUGGAGACGGAAGAGAAAGACAAGAAAGUUCAGACACUGCGACUGGAAUGGCGGACCAAGUACGCCUGUGCGGAUGCGCCGUCGCCGGACGGUGGCUCCCACUGGGGCUUCUUUGGCUGGUUCUUCAUCAUCCUCUUCCUCGCGAUCGCUGCCUACCUUAUCUUCGGCUCAUGGCUUAACUACAACAGGUACGGAGCGCGCGGAUGGGACCUUCUGCCCCAUGGAGACACAAUUCGCGACAUCCCGUACAUUGCAAAAGAUUUCGCGAGGAAGGUCAUGGGGACUGUACAGGGAGGCGGAAGCAGAGGAGGCUAUGCUGCCGUGUAGAGCAACAUGUCAAUAUCCUGGGAUGGAAUACCGUGGUGCAGGGAUGCAGGAGAUGCUUUGUAGGAUACGCCAUGUGAGGAGGAAAGAGCAUACAAGGCGCUGGAGUUAUGAUUUUGGCUUUUGAUCAGCACUUGCGACACUUACCUAGAAUUUGAGAGAUGCGGAAUGAGGAAUGGGACCCAACCGUUGGAUGUCUAUCGAGUUAACAUUUGCGUCAAUAGUCAAUGCUAUCUUGAGCUUCCCAUCAAUAUCCUGCGUUCGAGAGCACUGUUGGAUUGCUGCCGCCUUUGUUGUAUAUUCACGUACACAAUGUUACAUGCAUUGAAAUUGUGGGAAGUUAUAUACUGUCGUC